GUGAGCCCAUCUGUUGUACGCCAUCAAAAUCCGCCAUUCGCUAAAUCAUUUUCCAAGCACGAGGAAACAUACAAAGAUGAUAAGGAGAAGGUUCAAAGAUGGAGGGAUGCAUUUGCAGAGGCUGGAAAAUUAUCAGGGAUGAGGUUGAGUGCAUCAAUAAGGUAGUUGAUUACAUAUUACCAAAGUCGCUUCAAGUUAUCCCACUGUCUUCCGGAAGCUUAGUGGGUAUGGAACCUCAAAUUGGGAAAAUAAUCUCAUUAUUAGAUACGGAAUCAAAUGAUGUUCGUUCCAUUGGAUUAUGGGGGAUGAGCGGUAUCGGCAAGACAGAAAUUGCAAGUGUUAUAUAUGAGAGAUAUCGUCAUCAAUUUGAAGCUGAUUGUUUUCUUGGUGAUGUUGGAGAAAUGUACCUGAAAAAGGGACUUACAUGGUUACAACAAGCUCUCAUCCAUAAGCUAUUGGGGAAAAAUAUACCUAUAACUAGUGAACGUGAAGGUGCCAUAAUUAUAAAGAAUGGGCUUCGCUGGAAGAAAGUUUUGGUCAUUCUUGAUGAUGUAAACCAUCUAAGUCAACUAGAGCUUAUAGUUGGAGGGACAGAGUGGUUUGGUAGGGGUAGUAGAAUUUUGAUUACCACGAGGGACAAGCACGUCAUAAUCGCUCAUGUCAAGGAGGAUAAAGUGUAUGAAGUCCAACUGUUAUCCGAGAAUGAUGCACUUGAACUGUUCUAUAUGCAUGCUUUCAACAGAAAUUCUCCAGAGAGAGAUUUUGAGGAACUUUCAAGGGAAGUGGUGAAAUAUGCUGAUGGGCUCCCUUUAGCUCUUAAAGUUUUGGGUCCUUCUUUUUGUGGACGAAACAAAGAGCAAUGGAGAGAUAUAAUUGAUAGACUGAAGAAAAUCCCUAAUGAUGACAUUUUAGGAAAACUUAAGAUUGGUCUUGAUGGAUUGAACAAGGAUGAGAUGAGGAUAUUUCUAGAUAUCGCAUGCUUGUACAAUUAUAAAUCAAUGGAUCAUGUGGCACUAAUACUUAAGAGUUGUGGUAUUCAUCAGUCGAUAGGAAUAAGCCGCCUCAGCGAAAAAUCUCUCUUAUCCUUCAGUAGAUAUGACCACACAUUUAGGAUGCAUAGUUUGAUAAGACAAAUGGGUGAAAAUAUGUUGAGGGAAGAGUAUGCAAACAGCAGAAUAUGGCUUCAUGAGGAGGUUAAUGACCUUUUUGCUGGAAAGUUGAAAACAAAAAAGGUGGAAAGCCUAUGGAUUCCAAAAGGUUUUGAUUUUGAAGAUGAUCGUGUCAAUCAUAGCAAGGUAUUCAAGAGGAUGAAAAGCUUACAGGUGUUGAUACUUGGUGAAACUGUUUGGUCAGAUUUUCUUUUUCUUGUCAUGGCUGAAACUAUUUGCUCGCGUAGCAUUAUCACUUGUCUUCCUUCUAGCCUGCGGUGGAUUGAAUGGCCAAAUUAUCCUUCAAGAUUAUUGCCAGAGAGGUUUGAACCAUCACACCUCGUUGGCCUUUGUUUAAAGGGAAGUCGGCUUGUCGAACUUUGGCCAAUAUCAAAGAGAUUGAGCUACUUGAAGCAUUUGGAUCUAAGCAAGAGCCUUGAGUUAAGAAAAACCCCUAAUUUUGGUGACAUGCCAAACCUGGAGAGACUAAUAUUAGAGGGGUGUAAGAAUUUGGAAGAGGUCCAUCCCUCUCUUGGACAUUGCAGAAUGCUUGCUUCUUUGAAUUUGAGGGGUUGUAGCAAACUUAAGAAGCUUCCAAAAUUUGUUUCCAUGGAAUCUCUUGAGAAUCUCAACCUCCGUGAAUGCACAAGUUUAAGAAAAUUUCCAAAAAUCUAUGGAAAUAUGCGGCGCUUAUCAGAACUCUAUGUUGAAUCCCCCUGGAUAAGAAGCUUACCCCUCAUGUCUCUUAGCGGCCUGAGCAGGUUACAUUUGUACUAUUGUGAAGAUCUUGAAAGUAUUCCAGACACUAUUAUUCAAAAUCUUAGAUAUCUGGACAUUUCGGGCUGCAAUAAACUUGCAGCGCUGCCAAACAGCCUCUCUGAAUCACAGCAAUUGGAGCAACUUAGCAUAUACCACUGUUCUAGAUUGGUAGAGCUCCCCAUAUCUCUUAGAGUUCAAAGAAAGCUUGUCCGGUUAGCCUUAGACAGAUGUGAGAACUUAAAGAAGCUCCCGAAUUCCAUUCAGAUGAAAUCCCUUGGUUAUCUCGGUAUAUAUAAUUGUCCAAGAUUAGAUACAUUUCCAGAAAUCAAUGGAGAUAUGCGUUGCUUGAAACAUUUGACUGUGAAUUCUACAGAAAUAAGAGAACUACCUUCAUCCAUUGGGAGUCUGAGCGGCCUCAAUACUGUCAAUCUGGAAGGUUGCGAAGAUCUUGUAAGUCUACCAAACAGCCUCCGUAAUUUGACGAAUCUUCAAAAGCUUAUUCUCUGCGGCUGCAAAAAGCUAGAGAACCUUCCGGAAAACAUUAGUGAUCUGCAACAGUUAAGGUUACUUGAUGCAAGAGGAACUGCUAUCUCCCAACCGCCUCCCUCCAUCAGCAAGCUUGGCAAACUGAGGAGUUUAAGAUUCUCACGUGUUGUACAACUUCAACAUUCCUCAAGUUUUGUUUUGCGCCAGCUUUCAGCUUUAUCCUCCUUGACUUAUCUUUAUCUUAGUAAUCUCAAUAUAUUGGGUGGACUUUCUGAGGAUCUUGGAUCUUUGCACUUUCUGGAAUAUUUAAAUGUAAGUGGAAGCAAUAUUUCUUGUUUACCUAACAGCAUCAAUGAACUCUUAUGCCUUGAACGUCUGAACGUACAAUUCUGUAAGGGUCUUACUGAACUGCCAGGAGAGCUACCCCCGAAUUUACGGGUGCUAUGUGCAGACUAUCAUUUAGCCUUGAAGAGCAUCAGAGAUCUAGUUUUGAAGUGUGUUAACUUGGAAGAGAUCUCAAUAUCAUGGUGUGGUCAUGAAAUAACCGAAUGCAGAACUGUCACAAGUAACCAAGUUAAUGUGUUCAAGUUCCUACAUCAUUUUCUUAGGAGAUCUAUCCAGAAUGACUUCUUCCGCCAAAGGUGGAUAAGAUUUAGCAUUUCAUUUCCCCAAGGCAAAAUUCCCGAGUUUUUCACUUAUCAGUUUAUAAAUCAAAACACAAUCUCAGUUAAUCUGAACCCAUCUUGGUAUACUGAUAAAUUCAUGGGUUUUUCGAUAUGCUACCAAGUUCAUGGAGAGGAAAAAGAUUCAAAAGUUACUCCUACAUUGGUCUGCAGAUUAUUCGGCCUAGAAACAUUACUUGGAUCGGAAGAUCCCCUUUGCUUAUAUGAUUCGCCAAAUGAUAAUACUGCUCCCGGCAUGCUUUUUAUCUACAUACCAUUUCAAAUAUUUGGGGACCAUUUUAAGCCUUUAGGCACCAAAGCGAAGAACCCAAAUGAUUAUUGCCUAUUUGAGGUAUCUGUAAUGUCAGGGAAGGAAGGGUGCUGGGGAAUUCGCCUGGAGUAUGAGAAUAAAGUUAGGAGAUGGAGAAGGAAGGAAUGUGUGACACAAAGUCCCAAACUCCAUCCAGUUCUGCAAAAAGAUAAUGCAAUGACAACUGAAAUUGGUUGUUCUAUGGUAUUUAAACAACAAGAGUACACAUCAUGCACUUCUAGUUCGCAGGUGUUUGUUGAAAAUAACAUCGCAACAGAGAGGGGACUACAUUUGUACUAUGAGAAUAAAGAUCUAGAGGUGGAUCAAGCAGCAACGGUAUUACAAAAGGAACAUGAAUCUCAGAAUGUUGAGCUGAUUGGAGUGUGUGAUAAGCCAUUAAGGAAGAUGGACGACGCUCCGAAAAAGAGAAAGAAAAAUUGAAAGAUGGCAGGGGAAAAUGAGAACCAACUAGCUUGCAUGACUUUGAUUGGAUCGUGAGAAACCUCUUACUUUGAUAGCAUAAAUCAAGGAAGCAUCUAUCCAAUCAGAUUUUCAGCACAAAGAAGAUGUAAUGGAACAAUUUCUCAACAUCUAAGCUAAGCGUUAAGAGCUUUGCAAGGAAAUGGCUGAGGAACAAAGACCUCGCUCAAAAGAGACUCUUCACGUACUCAAUUGGAAUGCUCUUACCCUUACUUAUCUCUUUACUCAGAGAAGUCCCUCUCGGAGCUAUUCCCGGCGUUGUGUCUUCUUUCUCCUUACUCUAGGAAUGAAGCCGUAAGCCGAACAGAAUACGGACUUGAUUGCUUAUUUCAUUCCAUCUACAAGAGCAAUACCUCACAGGCUAAAGCAGGAACAAGGGGCGUAAGCAGUCUUUAGAAGUCUAAACUAGAAAGACUUACGAACCACUUAGGAAGGAUAAGAGCCGUAGCUACAAAGCAAAAGAAGUUGUCGGAGGCGAUGCGACGUUACUCACCUCAGCCUCUCUGGUGGCAUUAGUUACCAGAUUCAUUCAGUGACAGCGUUAGGAUAAAUGUUGGUGUCUCCCUGGUAGGCAAAACACUUGUUGUGAUGGGUUUUGGGAUGGUUGGAUCAGAAGUUGCAAGGCGAGCUAAGGGGCUUGGCAUGCAUGUUAUUGCUCAUGACCCAUAUGCCCCUGCUGACCGUGCACGUGCUAUUGGGGUGGAACUUGUGAGCUUUGAUGAAGCCCUCGCAUCUGCUGAUUUCAUCUCACUUCACAUGCCCCUCACCCCUGCUACAAAGAAGAUCCUGAAUGAUGAAACUUUUGCAAAUAUGAAAAAGGGUGUACGGAUUGUGAAUGUUGCUCGUGGGGGUGUGAUUGAUGAAGAAGCUUUGGUGAGGGCACUUGAUGCAGGCAUUGUGGCACAGGCAGCACUUGAUGUUUUCACUGUGGAGCCGCCAUCAAAAGAUAGCAAGUUGAUUCAACAUGAGAAUGUGACUGCAACUCCACAUCUUGGUGCUAGUACUAUGGAAGCUUAGGAAGGUGUGGCAAUUGAGGUAGCGGAAGCAGUUGUUGGCGCUUUGAAAGGGGAGCUCUCUGCUACAGCUGUCAAUGCACCUAUUGUUCCUGCUGAGGUUCUAUCAGAGCUGAAGCCUUAUGUCGUGCUUGCCGAAAAACUUGGUAGACUUGCUGUCCAGCUAGUUGCUGGUGGAAGUGGUGUGAAAUCAGUGAAAGUAACAUAUGGUUCAGCUAGAGCACCCGAUGUUCUCGACACAAGACUGCUUCAUGCCAUGAUAACUGAAGGCUUGAUUGAGCCUAUUUCCAGUGUUUUCAUUAACCUGGUUAAUGCAGAUUUCACUGCUAAACAAAGGGGACUACAGAUAGCUGAAGAACGAAUUCUUCUAGAUGGUUCACCAGAAAGUCCAGUUGAGUUCAUUCAGGUUCAGAUUGCCAAUGUGAAAUCCAAGUUUGCCAGUGCUAUAUCUGAUUCAGGAGAGAUUAGAGUGGAGGGUAGAGUUAAAGAUGGAGUCCCUCAUUUGACAAUGGUUGGAUCUUUUGAAGUGGAUGUGAGCUUGGUGCUAAUAAACAAUUCGACUGUGCGAUUAGAGGUAUCUACUACAUUGAGUUAUCAACUUGACAUUUUGUAUUGGCCAAAGUCACACUUGAUCUAAGAUAUGUUCAAUUGAACACUUCUGGUACUUAAAAUUUUGUUCCUAUUAAACACUUUCUGGAUAAUCGACAAAGAAAUAAAGAGUGUAAUACACUUGCCAAUGA